AUGACAUGCCAGACAUUCAGUGCCGCGGACUCGUUCACCACACUUGCAGGAGACUCCCCUGCCUUGCCACUGCUAAUGCACCACGCCAGCACAGGGGAAUGCCUGCCCGUAAGCAGCCACGCCAGCAACAUGGUGUCUGCAGUGUCCUCCGGUUUGUCUCUGGUCCAGUCGUCCAAGCGGUCUCACAUGCACCUGUCCACCUCUGCCCUUGGCAACACAUCAGCUGGCCUGCACUAUCCCAUGCCUCCUUGUCACUAUAGCAACCAGCAGACGACAUACGGGAUGAUGGCAGCACAGGAGAUGCUCUCUGCUAGCAUUUCACAGACUCGCAUCCUACAGACUUGUAGCAUGCCCCAUCCCAACAUGGUCAACGGAGCCAACACAUUACCAGGCAGCUUGGCCCCAUGCCUGUACAAGUUCCCAGAGCACAGCCUGGGAGGUGGGUCAUGUGCGCUGAGCCACAGUUUCACCCCGCUGCCCCAGGGCCUUCUGACGGAGGAGCCCAGCCUGGGCGACAUCAAACAGGAGCUCCGCAGGAAGAGCCGACCCCCAGAGGAACCCCCUGACAUGGACUCACCCCAGAUUCGGGAGCUGGAGAAGUUUGCUAAUGAUUUCAAACUGCGCAGGAUCAAGCUGGGAUACACUCAGACCAAUGUGGGUGAGGCGCUAGCUGCUGUCCAUGGGUCAGAGUUCAGCCAGACCACUAUCUGCCGUUUUGAGAACCUUCAGCUCAGCUUCAAAAAUGCUUGUAAGCUGAAAUCCAUCCUGGCCAAGUGGCUGGAGGAGGCCGAACAGGCUGGAGCUCUAUUUAAUGAGAAAAUGGGCAUGCACGAGAGAAAGCGGAAGCGGAGAACAACCAUCAGUAUGGGGGCAAAAGAGGCCCUGGAGAGAAAUUUUGUGGAGAAGAGCAAGCCAUCCUCGCAGGAGAUAGUCCGCAUGGCGGAAGGGCUGCACCUGGAGAAAGAGGUAGUGCGCGUGUGGUUCUGCAAUCGCAGGCAGCGGGAGAAGCGUGUCAAAACCAACCUGCACCACAGCUCUUUCUUUUCUAAAGAGGUUCCCUCCUGUAGGUAG